AUGGCUUCCCUCAAGUCUCAACCAAUUGAGGCACACUCGGCAAUUGGCGAGGAUGCAGUACCGGAGUUUGAAGCUUCUGGCAUCGGCAAACGGACAUGGUACCGAACUGUCUUUUUUCAGGCCACUGUGAUUGGCCUUUGCGCAUUCUUCGCCCCGGGCCUUUACAAUGCCAUGCAAUCGACGGGUGCAGGUGGUCAACAGACUCCAUACCUCGUUAUGUCCGCGAAUGCCGUUUUAGGAGUUAUGAUGGUUGUAACAUGUUCCAUGGGAAGUGUGGUCGCCAACAGGAUUGGCCUCAAAAAUGCCUUGAUCUUUGGCACGACGGGAUAUGCUCUGUACUCAGCGUCGCUGUACACAAACAACCGUUACGGCAAUGAGUGGUUCGUCUACGUUGGUUCUGCUGCUUGUGGUAUCACUGCUGGUGUUUUCUGGGCUGCAGAAGGCGCGAUCAUGAUCAGUUAUCCGGAAGACCAGAAACGCGGCAGGUAUCUGGCCUACUGGCUGGCGUAUAGAAAUGGCGGAUCAAUCGUUGGAGGUGCUAUCAACCUUGCGUUCAAUGCGACUGGCAAGACAACGGGAAAGCUAGAUUACAGGACCUACAUCGUCUUCGUAGCUUUGCAAUGUCUGGGGCCUUUUGUAGCAAUGCUUCUGUCUCCUCCCGACAAGGUCCAACGCCAAGAUGGAAGAAAAGUAGCAAAGGCUGAGCGGAUUCCCACGGUACUAGAACUAAAGGGUGUUGCCAAAAUUCUCAUUCGCAAAGACUUCUUGCUAGUUUUCCCCUUCUUCUUCUACGCUACAUUUCUACUAUCAUAUGCGGGAUCUUACUUGUCACUUUACUUCUCCGUUCGCUCCCGUGCUUUGGCAUCCCUAGUCUCUGCACUGGCUCAGAUUACUGCAAACUUCAUAUUCGGCAACUUUCUGGACUGGAAGCGAUUCACUAUCAAUCAGCGGGCCCGAUUCGCUUACUUCGGAAUCAUGGCACUAUUUGGGGGGACCUGGGUGUGGGCAAUUGUCAUUCAGCGAGAAUAUGGGUUGAAAGCUCCUGCUUUGGAUUGGGUCGACAGCGGUUUCGGCCGUGGAUGGGCGCUUUACAUCCUCUUGCAGGUUAAUUUCGCAUUGGCAUACAACUAUGGUUACUGGCUUGCUGGCUACAUGGCGCGUGAUAACGCUGAGAUCAUCCGAUUUACAUCAACGGUUCGAGCCGUUGAAGCGGCUGGAGGCGCGGUGGCGUCAGGUAUUAGCUCUACGCAUGCUCCUCUCAUUGCCGCCGCCAGCGUCAAUUUCGGUCUAUGGGGUUUAGCACUUAUCCCAACCUAUUUUGCCGUUCGAUCAAUCGACGCGAAGCCGCUGGAGGAUAUUCCGGAGGAAGAGUCGAGCAAAAGCGUUUCUCUUUGA